AUGGAAUUAACUGUGGACGAAUUUAUAGAAGGGAUCUUUUCUAAGAAUGCUUUUGAACAACCCUCUGAUUCAAAGAAACCUGAGGAUUUGGAAAUGAGAAUACCAGAGUGGUUCGAUGAGCAACAAUUUAACAAAGCUCGUCGCUUUUACUGGUACAACUGUUACCAGUUAACAACGUCGAUGCUGUUGGGACUAGUUGCAGUGUUCGCGAUCCCAUCUAUAUUAAGAGUGCUAAUAAGUUCAAGACGAUCGAAUUCCACCUUUACAGCGUACAAAAGAUAUCUUUCUACACUUUUGCAUACGAUUUCCUGGUUUGAGAACGAAUUAAAGCCAGGCAGUGUUUCAUGGAGAUCAUUAAUGACAGUACGAUCGCGACAUAUUAAAGCAACUUUAGCGGCGAACCUUAAAGGUCAAGGUAUCGUCUCCCAGAGAGAUUUAGCUCUAACCCAAUUUGGUUUUGUGGGAUUUUCUUUAUUGAAACCGAAUAAGUUUGGUAUUUGCCAAAUGGAGGAUGGUGAUUGGGAAGCUUACAACCAUUUCUGGAGAGUCAUUGGACAUGCUAUUGGAUUAGAAGAUAGGUACAAUAUUUGCCGAAAGAACAUGGACGAAACUCGACAAGUCUGUAAAAUACUUCUCGAUAAAGUAUUUACACCGUGUUUAGAGAACGUUCCAGAAUAUUUCGAGCACAUGGCUCGGUCCAUGUUGGAUGGCCUCUGGUGUAUUAAUCCCACUAUAAAUGUAGAUGGAAUGAUAUAUUUGACGAAGUAUUUAAGCAAUGUUCCGGGAUACAUCUAUUUAGAAACAGACAGACAGGACCUGCAAAGGCUUAUUAAAGAAAAGUUGAAUGGCAAAUCAGAAGACACAGGUGUGGAAUCUUCUUCACUGUUAUCAGAAAAUUUGAUAGAAAUACCAAAAAGGACACCACGGGUACUUUUUCUCCACGACUACGACAGCUUAGACACGGCGCCUGCAUACAAAAACUUGCCUUUGGCGGGAAAAUUUAAAUUAGCACUUAAUUAUUAUGUGGUAAAUUUGUAUAAAUCGUACAUCGGUCGUAUUUAUCUCAAUUUAAAUUUCAAAUUUAGCGUACUUCUGAUGAAGUACCUCCCAUAUUUAGCUUUCGCCAGAUUUGGUAUAAUAGCAUCGUACGUUAAUAUCUUCCGUGAAGAUCCGAUUGAUGACCAACAACCAAAACCUAACUCUGAAUACUACAAAGUAAAACCUAAAUUAUCAAAAAGCAAAGAGUAUUUUUCUUUGAUUUGG